AGGGUGUCAUAUCACAUGAUCAAAAAACAAGCACAGCAGAUUGUAUUUGAGAGAGAAAAGAAGCACUUUAACUCAGUGACACUUGAUAUCAUGGCUUCAGCAAAGUCUUCAAUUCAAAAAGGAAGUGAUUUUACAAGUAGCAGAAAAAUGUACGAAGUAUUUUUCAAAGGUCAUCAUGUGAUGCACUUUCCCUGGGGAAAGAAUGAUGAGAAAGUAACAGCUCCUAAUGACAAGACUGUUCCUUUUCAAUAUGAAGUCAUCAGGGUCACUCGACUAUGCCAUGUUACUCAUAGUAAGGAAGCUGAUGAAAUAGAGCAAGAUGACUGCUUUGAGUUUAAACCAAAAAAGAAAUAUGGUAAAAAUACUACAAACAGGCGAGUUAGUGCUGUCAUAUGCAAACCAACUCAUAAAGCACCCAAUGAAGAUACCGAAUAUCGUGUCAUCACAAAAGACCAAGAGCUUCUUCCUGGAUACUACUCAUGGUGGUCAAUUGAUAGCAGUUGCUUUCCAGCAAGAGAGAAUGAUAAAAUUGAGGGUACCAAUGAGUUUUCAGUGCCGUACAAGUCUAUAUUUGGUAAUAAAAAAAUAUCAGGUAACAUAACCAAGCUCUUGCAAUGCUAUCAAGAGGCAAUAAAACUUCAAAGACGAACAAUAAAUCUACCCAAGAUAGAAUUUCGAUGUGGUGGCACUUUACGGUAUAAUCGUCAGAUUUGUAAAGUUAUCAUAAUCUGCCCAGAGCUAGUGGGUGAGCUGAGUGAGUAUCCAAUACUUUACGGUAUUGGAUACAGUCCAACCUACAAUGAAGACUCACAAAUUCAAUCAUGUGGUCGAUUGAGGCUCACCAUUGAGAAUGGAGUAAUGAGUUCUGGCAUAAGAUACUCUUGGGAUACGUAUGCUUUUGCUUUCUAUUUUCCUAGCGAAGACCAUGUCAUGAAGUGCCCCAAGUCUGUGCCUUCACCAUUUUUCACUCCUGACUUUGAGGUAACUGAUAUUGAGCAUGAUACUGCCCGCUGUCUUAGAGGUUUCUGUCCCAAUGGGUCAUACAUCCCCAAAAAAAGAAAGCGAAAUGAUGAGGACGAGAACGACUAUGAUGAUAAUGAUUUGGGCCCUAUACUGAAAAAGAGUUUGCUUCAGUUUUAAAGUUAACAUGGGAAACU